CGGGUCGGCGGGGGCCGGCGUCGGGCGGCCACGUGGUGGUGCUGCCGCUGCCCCCGCCCCGCCGGCCCUGCCCGGGAGCCGCGGCGCCCACUGACCCCCGCAGCGGGGGAGGAGGAGGGACCGAGGCGCAGGAAGCCGAGCAGGAAGCGAGCCCGGCGGCCGCGUUUUCCUGGGGAAGCGGCGGGCGGGGUGGCGCAGCCAGCGGGGCCCGGGCAGCCGCCGCCGCCGCCUCGAUGGGGUGUUGAAAAAUCUCCUCUAGAGCUUUGGAAAGCUGAAUGAAGUAAACAUGAAGAGCUUGAAAGCGAAGUUCAGGAAGAGCGAUACCAAUGAGUGGAACAAGAAUGAUGACCGGCUGCUGCAGGCUGUGGAGAAUGGAGACGCGGAGAAGGUGGCCUCACUGCUGGGCAAGAAGGGAGCCAGUGCCACCAAGCACGACAGCGAGGGCAAGACCGCUUUUCAUCUUGCUGCUACAAAAGGACACGUGGAAUGCCUCAGGGUCAUGGUUACACAUGGCGUGGAUGUGACAGCCCAAGAUACUGCCGGACACAGUGCUUUGCAUCUCGCAGCCAAGAACAGCCACCAUGAAUGCAUCAAGAAGCUCCUUCAGUCUAAAUGCCCAGCUGAAAGUAUUGACAGCUCUGGGAAAACAGCUUUACAUUAUGCAGCGGCGCAGGGCUGCCUUCAAGCUGUGCAGGUUCUUUGUGAGCACAAAAGCCCCAUAAACCUCAAGGAUUUGGAUGGGAAUAUACCACUGCUUCUUGCAGUCCAAAAUGGCCACAGUGAGGUCUGUCGCUUUCUGCUGGAUCAUGGAGCAGAUGUAAAUUCCAGGGACAAAAAUGGAAGAACCACUCUCAUGCUGGCUUGUGAGAUCGGCAGCUCUAACAUCGUGGAAGCCUUAAUUAAAAAGGGUGCAGACCUAAACCUUGUAGACUCUCUUGGACACAAUGCCUUACAUUAUUCCAAACUCUCAGAAAAUGCAGGAAUUCAAAGCCUUCUAUUAUCAAAAAUCUCUCAGGAUGCUGAUUUAAAGACACCAACAAAACCAAAGCAGCCUGAUCACGUCUCUAAAAUAAGCUCAGAAAGAAGUGGAACUCCAAAAAAACGCAAAGCUCCACCACCUCCUAUCAGUCCUACCCAGUUGAGUGAUAUGUCUUCCCCAAGAUCAAUAACUUCAACACCACUUUCGGGAAAGGAAUCAGUAUUUUUUGCAGAAGCACCAUUCAAGCAGGCUGAGAUCAGUUCUAUACAGGAAAACAAAGACAGGCUAAGUGACAGUACUACAGGUGCUGAUAGCUUAUUGGAUAUAAGUUCUGAAGCUGACCAACAAGAUCUUCUUGUCCUAUUGCAAGCAAAAGUUGCCUCUCUUACCUUACACAAUAAGGAAUUACAAGAUAAAUUACAGGCCAAGACUCCCAAGGAGGCGGAAGCAGACCUCAGCUUUGACUCAUACCAUUCCACUCAAACUGACUUGGCCCCAGUGCUGGGCAAAGCUAGUGAAACCUGUCCCCCAGACUCCAAAUCAUCUCCAUCUGUCUUACAUUCCUCGAGUAAAUCCACUGUUGACAGUGAUGUCAGAAUUCAGCAACUACAAGAGAUUUUGCAAGACUUGCAGAAGAGAUUGGAGAGCUCUGAAGUGGAGAGGAAACAGCUACAGGCCCAGCUCCAGUCCAGGACAGAACUGAUGUGCUUAAAUAAUGCAGAGAUUUCAGAGAAUGGCUCCGACCUCAGCCAGAAACUUAAAGAAACUCAGAGCAAGUACGAGGAGGCUAUGAAAGAAGUCCUUAGUGUGCAGAAGCAGAUGAAACUGGGGCUCGUCUCACCUGAGAGUGAGGAUAGUUAUUCACAUCUCCGGGAGCUCAGGAUCACCGAGGAGGAAAUAGAUGUGCUAAAGCAGGAUCUCCAGAACGCAUUAGAAGAAAGUGAAAGAAAUAAAGAGAAAGUGAGAGAGUUAGAGGAAAAACUUGUAGAGAGGGAGAAAGGUAUGGUGAUUAAGCCGUCUGUGGAAGAGUUUGAGGAAAUGAAAAAUUCAUAUUGCUCUGUUAUUGAGAAUAUGAAUAAGGAGAAAGCAUUCUUGUUUGAGAAAUACCAAGAGGCCCAAGAAGAAAUCAUGAAAUUAAAAGACACCCUAAAAAGUCAGAUGACACAGGAAACCAGUGACGAAGCUGAGGACAUGAAGGAGGCCAUGAACAGGAUGAUAGAUGAACUCAACAAACAGGUGAGUGAGCUGUCCCAGCUGUACAAAGAAGCCCAGGCUGAGCUGGAGGAUUACAGGAAGAGGAAAUCUCUAGAAGACGUGACCUCUGAAUAUAUCCAUAGAGCAGAGCAUGAGAAACUGAUGCAAGCGACGAAUGUAUCCAGGGCUAAGGCAGAAGAGGCACUGUCUGAGAUGAAGUCUCAGUAUUCAAAAGUGUUAAAUGAGUUGACCCAGCUCAAACAACUGGUCGAUGCGCAGAAAGAGAACUCGGUCUCCAUCACAGAACAUUUGCAAGUGAUAACCGCGCUGCGGACUUCUGCAAAAGAGAUGGAGGAAAAAAUAAGCAGUCUUAAAGAGCACCUUGCCAGCAAGGAAAUGGAGGUGGCAAAACUGGAGAAACAACUCCUAGAAGAGAAGGCUGCGAUGACGGAUGCCAUGGUGCCCAGGUCUGCCUACGAAAAACUCCAGUCAUCUUUAGAAAGUGAAGUGAGUGUGUUGGCAUCCAAAUUAAAGGAUUCAGUAAAGGAGAGAGAGAAGGCCCAUUCAGAGGUUACCCAGGUUAGAAGUGAGGUCUCACAAAUGAAAAGGGAGAAGGAAAAUAUUCAGACUCUCUUGAAAUCCAAAGAGCAAGAGGUGAAUGAACUUCUCCAAAAAUUCCAGCAUGCGCAGGAAGAGCUUGCAGAAAUGAAGAGAUAUUCUGAGAGCUCUUCAAAACUGGAGGAGGAUAAAGAUAAGAAGAUAAAUGAGAUGUCGAAGGAAGUCAUCAAGUUGAAGGAGGCCCUGAACAGCCUCUCGCAGCUCUCCUACUCAGCGAGCUCAUCCAAGAGGCAGAGUCAGCAGCUGGAAGCUCUGCAGCAGCAGGUCAAACAGCUCCAGAACCAGCUGGCCGAAUGCAAAAAACAACACCAGGAGGUCAUAUCAGUUUACAGAAUGCAUCUUCUGUAUGCUGUGCAGGGUCAGAUGGAUGAAGACGUCCAGAAAGUACUGAAGCAAAUCCUUACUAUGUGUAAAAACCAGUCCCAGAAGAAGUAAAGUGGAUUCCUUGGCAGGACACUGCCCCCUUGCUGUCCAUCUUUGUGUUAGAUCCAGAGAUGUUGGCAGCCACUGCCAUUGUUCUCAUUCAUGGUAUGCACCAUGACCUAGCAUAGCUUCUUCCCUUUCCAAAGGCUUCUUUCUGAGGACUGGUCCCAGGAGAAGACUGUCCUCGGAACUGCUUAGAGACUUCGAAGCAGCAGAGCUGAAAGGCCCUGUCAUCCUUUCGGAUUCCAGAGCUGGGAUCAGCCAUGCCCAGGAGUCUGGUCCUGAUGCUGGCGGGUGGGCACCCUCCUCAGUACCUGACCAGCUGAGUGGCUUCGUCAUCACUGAUAUGUUGACACCUCAGUUCCUGCACUCAGGCUGUGCCAUUCAGCACAGGAGGGCUCUUUUUGCCUUUGGUUUCCAAUCCCAAAACAUGAUUUAAUUUCUGACCAAAUUAGUAUGACACUAGCUAUGUGGUGCAUGCUUAAGACCCUUUAUCAUGAUAUCCUGUGGAUUUAAAAACUCUAAUUCCAUCUUUUUUCUCCAUCUGCCUUAUAUAUCUCAUCAUCCUGCUUGUCAAUCUCACAAUCUGAUGAAUGCUAUUAACUAACAUAUGAAGUUUAAAAACAAAAGCAAAUUGUCCUUAAAAGUUCUUUUAUUUAAAUCAUUGACACAUUGCAAAUUUUCUAUGCAGACUUGCCUCCCGCUGUUAUCCAUGAAGCUCAGGAAUUCCAAACAUUUGUGUUUCAACAAGGGACAGUAAACUGCGUGUUUACAGCCAAAAGAAAUGCCUCAUAGAUCUUAACCUCAAUUUUUUAAAAGUGUUUUUUUUCUCUACAAUAUUUUUAUUGGCUGUUAAAGAUGUUUUCAUAAUCUAAACCCCUAAAUAAGUGAAAUUUACAUUAGACUAUAUUAACAAAUAUUUUUUAGGUAGCCACGCUUAAGACUUUUUGAAAACAUAACUUUUUCCUCAAAGUUUUCAGCUAUAGCAAAGGGUAGUUAUGUAUUCCAAACCCAAUAUGAGCUGCCACCAGUACCCCUAGACUUUGUGCCGUUGUGUCCUCAGAACCGUAGCACAUUUCUCAACAUCAUAAAUACUUUUUUUACCCAUUGAAUAUUUUGAAUGUCCCAGCUCUACCAGUGCCUGUAAAUUAUCUCUGGAAGGACUGUUAGUACCAAUUGGUUUUUCAGCUUUGAAACUAAAAUUCCUGAUAUGGUAAACAUUAUGGUGCAUAGCAAAGGUCUUCGGGGAAAAUAUCUCUGUUCAUUUUACUUUCAGGUUAAAAAUGUUGCUCACUUGCUUGCAGCUUCCCUUACAGCAUCAGUCUUAUUGAGGGACAUAAACUGAAUGCAGAAAUCUCCAAAGUGUAUUACUAAAAGUGACGGCCUGCUCUGACAGGGCCCAUGUACCGCAGGGCUGUCUGGACUCAGAGGGCACUGGGCUGUAUUGGAUGAUGUGUUCAUCUGUAUUGGAUGAAGACCAACGACAGCAAAGCAAAAAUGGCCUUCAAGCUUGGUGUUACUUUUCUUAAGUUGUUUAUGGUUAGGCAAUUUUGAAAAUGCUCCAAAGAAAUGUGAAAGGACUUUUUGUCAUAGCACUUAAGAAAACACAAAACAACCCCCCUCCCGGCCCCACACAGAAAUGCUGCCGAGUAUAAAACUUGAGACAUUUUGUAGGAUGCCUGACAAAGUGUAGCCUUUUAUCUUGUUUCAGGAUGCAUAUUUAUUACAAGUACUCUGGUUAAAUAUUGAAAAGUCAUAUGCGGUAGUUUAGCAUUUUGCCUUUGUAAUUUACGGAAGGUAUUGCAGAAAAUAAAGUUUUGUUUCAUUUUGCA